CAGCCAAUCACAUGCAAGGGGCGGGCCUUAGGAGGUACCGUACCCAGCUUGCUUUUGACAGCAAAACACCAGAAACAAAACACCCAACAUCUUUUUUUCUCCUCUUUUUUUGGCGUCUUUUUGAAGACUUCCUUAUUUGCCGACAAAACGCCUUAAGACUUUGGGGUGGAGGAUGGUGGCCGAGUACCAGCGCCCUCUGGUGGCGGUGAGCUGUGUACUACUGUGGCUUGCAGCGGGUGUUAUGUCCAUGCCAGACCCAAAGACCAGAGAGGCUCUCAUACAGCAGGAGGCCUCCCAGCAGACCGGGGGACAAGUGGUGCUGACGGACCUGGAGAAACUUCUAGACGCCCGCUUGUUUAAAAUGAAACAAGAGGAAAUGAGGAAGGUCCAUUUCCCUCCGUCGAUGCACUUCUUCCAGGCUCGACAGUUCAUCCGCAGCAGCCCCAUUUUCAACCUGCUGCAGAAAAUGCCCAAAGGAGGAGCGCUGCACGUGCACGACCUCGCCAUGGGGGAUCAUGAAUGGCUGGUGAAAAACGUGACGUAUCGACCCAACUGUUACAUGUGUGUCACCGACAAACGCUCGCUCAGUUUUAUCUUCUCGUCGGGGAGUCCUGAACCUUCACCAAAUUGUUCCGCAUGGAUGCUGCUGGAAAAUCUCCGGAAAAAAAUGGGCGACGUCACAGAUCUGGACAACAGCAUCCUGGCCAACCUGACCCUCUUCACCGAUGGCAAUCCCGCAGCUCUGUACCCCAACCAGGAUGUGGUCUGGGAGAAGUUCGAUCUAGCCUUCAAUGCUGCGAGAGGUCUGAUCACGUACGCUCCCGUCUUCAGAGACUAUUACUACCACGGUCUCAAACAGUUCUACACGGACAACGUCAUGUACGUGGAACUACGUGCCUUACUGCCUCAGACGUACGAGCUGGACGGCAGCACUCACGACUCGACGUGGGCUCUGAAAGUCUACCGUGACGUCACUCAGGAAUUCAUAGCCGACCACCCAGACUUCUUUGGAAGCAGAUUCAUUUUUAUCGCUCUAAGGACAAUGAAUGAAUCUGCAUUGAAGGGAGUUAUGGAGUAUGCCAUGAAGCUGCAGAGAGACUUCCCAGAUCUAAUGGUUGGCUUUGACUUGGUAGGUCGUGAGGAUAAAGGAAAUCCACUUUGGUAUUUCCGAGAGGCCUUGUCAUUGCCAGCAAAAAGGGGCGUGACACUUCCCUUCUUUUUCCACGCUGGAGAGACAAAUCUGGAGGGCACGGACGUUGACCAGAACCUGCUGGAUGCUCUUUUGUUUAAUACAUCACGAAUCGGCCAUGGGUUUGCUCUGACUCACCAUCCAUUGGCCCGAGAUCUCUCUAUGAAGAGAGGCGUGGCUGUGGAAGUAUGUCCCAUUUCCAACCAGGUUUUGAAGCUGGUAGAAGACCUGCGAAACCACCCGGCUGCGGCGCUGAUGGCCCAGAAUCACCCAGUGGUCAUAAGUUCUGACGAUCCGGCCAUGUUUGGUUCGUCCGGCCUCUCCUACGACUUUUACGAGGCUUUUGUGGGCUUCGGUGGGCAAAAGUCCCAUGUGGGGACCCUCAAGCAACUGGCCAUCAACUCCAUUCUGUACAGUUCGUUGAGCCCGGAGCUGAAGAACAAGGCUCUGGUCGCGUGGCAGCGAAAAUGGGACAAAUUUGUUUCUGACGAAUGCUUUAUCGAAACAAAGCUGCAGUUAUGAAAAUGUUUGCACUUUUGCCACAAUGCUUCUUCUAAAGACUCUAAUAGUGUUGCUGUGCCAUGAGCAGGUAGGGAAGUUCUAUGUUUGGUGCUACAGUAUUCUGGAAAUUCAUUGACACUGUUCGCUGGUAGAUGAAAGCUCUGUGACCUUACCAACUUUAAAUGCUGCAUACCUUCUUUUUUGCUAAUGUCCUAAACAUCAGAUUAUUGACGUUACCAACAUUUUUGGGGGGAGCUCACCUUCUCCGUGUUACAUCUGAGUGUACACCAUCGCUGUUUUUGUAUGCUUAUGUUCAGGGGAAACUCCGUUAUCACUUCACAAAUAAAAUUUAAUAGUUUCAACCCGUUCGUGAUGCUGCAGAGUCUUGUCAACCAAGACAGCCCCACAGCAUCCAGAGCCUUAAGGAACUCCGGGCGGAUCUCAUCCACCCCCGCCGAGGAGCUUUUUAACUACCUCAGCGACCUCAGCCCCAGAAAUAGGAGAGUCCAGCACAGAUUCCCCAGGCACCGCUUCCUCAAAGGAAUAUGUGUUGGUGGGAUUGAGGAGGUCUUCGAAGUAUUCCCUCCACCGAUCCACAACAUCCGCAGUCGAAGUCAGCAGAACACCAUCCGCACCAUACACGGUGUUGACAGUGCACUGCUUCCCCUUCCUGAGGCGGCGUAUGGUGGUCCAGAAUCGCUUCGAAGUCGUUUUCCAUGGCUUCCCCGAACUCUUCCCAUGUCCGAGUUUUUGCCUCCGCGACCGCUAAAGCUGCACACCGCUUGGCCCGUCGCUACCCGUCCACUGCCUCCGGAGUCCUAUGAGCCAAAAGAACCCGAUAGGACUCCUUCUUCAGCUUGACGGCAUUCCUCACUGCUGGUGUCCACCAACGGGUUCUGGGAUUACCGCCACGACAGGCGCCAACAACGUAAAGCCGCUGCUCCUCCACAUCGAGAGGAGCCAGAUGAGGUGGUUCGGGCAUCUGGUCAGGAUGCCACCCGAACGCCUCCCUAGGGAGGUGUUUAGGGCACGUCCAGCUGGUAGGAGGCCACGGGGAAGACCCAGGACACGUUGGAAAGACUAUGUCUCCCGGCUGGCCUGGGAACGCCUCGGGAUCCCCCGGGAAGAGCUAGACGAAGUUGCUUAGGCUGCUGCCCCCGCGACCCGACCUCGGAUAAGCGGAAGAUGAUGGAUGGAUGGAUGGAACCCGUUCGUUAACUAAUGUUUACACUCUCCUUUCACUAAUGUUUACACUCUCCAAGAUUCCGAGAUGUUGCGAUUGCACCAAUCAACCAAUGCCUAUGUGUUUUGGGGCCUGUUCUCCCGUUUGCAUUAAGGUGUAUUUUUAAAGCGCUUGAAGUUACACACAUUUCUCUAAUUCGUCCUCCUCCAUCCAACCUGCGGAAACGCCCACACUGGGUAAUUUAGUCAAAGGUGCCUUAGUCAGGAAUGAAGUUGCCUCAUUUUUUUAUUGGCUGUGAGAAAAUCAUCAAACAGAGUUUUACUGACACUUGAAAUCCAUGAAAAAGAUAACAUUUUACAGUGUUUCCCCCAGAAAAUGUGUUAGUUAAGGUGGUGUCUCUCCAGGGAAAAGGGGGGCUCCGCCCGGGGCAGGCGGAUGGACGGGGAAGGGGCUGGGUGGGUGUAAGGAACAGUGUAAUUUGGCCUGUCGCCACCAUCAUGUCUCCAUCUCACCACAACCUGGGGGCGCAAUAGACUACAGACUGGUGAAGUAGGCCGGCUUCGUCUCCUGAAGAAGCUUAAUCAGGAAUCAGGAACUGCUAAUCAAUCGCCUGCAGUACCGGAGGGGACCAGUAACACCUGACACAUUAUGACUUUUCAUUCAAACAAAUCAGACGUAUUUAACUUUGUUCCGUACUCUGCAAAAUGCCGGUGUAGUUGUGUCUGACAAUGAGGGGAAUUAUUGUGUUUUUAUGAGGGCGGGUGUUUUUAAAUGUCAUUGUUGUCUAAGGUUUUUGGGGAUUUUUUUUUUUUAGUGUGGUUCCAUGAAGCAUUUGUGUGUGUACUUUGCUUGUAUUUUUUAAUAUGUGAAAGUGUUGUAUUAUGUGAUUCAGGAAACUUCUUGUCUUUUUUAAAAUUUACAUUUCUUAGUAAUUCUGUCACAUUUGAUUGUGACAUCUGUUAAUAAAUCCUAUUGGUGUUCUUAUGAAAAUAA